CCUCACUCCCCGAGUCCCAACACGGACCCACAACUGGAGGCUCCGCCUUUCUCCACGAAUAUCUUUACAUCAAUGGAAAAUCAUCCAUCGUAUCCCGAAUUAUCGAGUCUUAUUUCCGAGUACCCAAAGCAUGCCGGAGCGUUGUUUCAGACGUAUAACGACCUCUUACUAGCUCAACAGUGGAGAGAUGUUGAGGUUCAAGAUCUCGGAGCGCCUCAUUUGCGCGGAUACAUUUUAGGACGUCGGCCAGUCACUGCAACAGAUGCGGAUGCAUUACUAUACGUAGUCCCUUGUUCAGUGACGGAGUCAAUAUCUGUAGACUGGUUGGCUGGGGUUUUUGAGAAGUUAGCGACAGAGGAGAUAUAUCUCGCUAUCAAUACGGACGACUCUUCAGUUGUUUACUAUCAGAUAAGCGAUGGAAUAGUGAAGCCUUUCAUCUAAAAAAGACGUUUCCACGACCCUUCAAUCUCUGA